AUGUCCCUGGUGAAGGAGGAGCCGGUCUCGACGACGACGCUGGAGCUGUCUCCCCCGACCCCGCCGCCGAGCGCCCCCACCGCCCCCACCGCCCCCGCGACCCCCCACCCCGGCCCCUCCAGCCCCCCCUCGAAGCGCAAGAAGCCCGACGACCAGGACUCCUCCAACCCGGACAAGAAGCCCCCUUACUCCUACGUCGCCCUCAUCUUCAAGGCCAUCAAGGAGAGCGCCGACGGGAAGCUGACCCUCGCCGAGAUCUACUCCUACAUCAAGAACAAUUUUCCCUACUACGAGAAGACGAAGAAGGGCUGGCAGAAUUCCAUCCGACACAAUCUGAGCCUCAAUGAUUGCUUCGUGAAGAUCCCCCGCGAGGGCGGGGGGGAGCGGAAGGGCAACUACUGGACCAUCGCGCCGGAGCACAUGGACAUGUUCGACGAGAACAACUUCACCCGUCGACGCCGAACGCGCCGACGCCUGACGGGUGGCGGGGGCUUCGCUUGCACCAAGAGCCUCUUCGGCGGCGGGGGGGAGUUCCUCGGAGGGGGGCACCCGGGACACCCGGGACAUCCGAGGGGUGCCUUCUUCUCGCCGUGUCCGCCGCCGCAUCCGCACCCGCAUUGGAUGUCGUUCACGACGUCGGCGGCGACGACUCAUCCGUCGGGAUACGGGGCCGGGCCUCCCGCGGCGGCUCAGGGUCCCGCUCAAUCGGCGUACCUUCAGUCUUCGAUGGGGAGCGUGCUGGGAGGGAUGCAGCCCAUGCAGCUUUCCUCCAUCUCCUACGAUCAGUUCGGUGAGUUCACGCCGAAUGCGGGAUGAGCCCUGCACGCACCGCCGUCGGAUGCGUUUCGGUUUCUGCGGAGGUGCGGCUUUGUUUGUCGUCGGCGUCUUUCGUGCGGACGAAAGACGCAGUAACGCGACGGAAGAAAUGCUUAGUUGCUUCUUACCGCUAUUAUUUCGAACUUCCAAUAUUUAAUACCGGACGGCAUAUCAAAUGGUAUAAAUGAUGUACCGAAACGGUUGACGAGUAGAAAGCAUUGCGUAAAUGAUUUCGUUUGACGAAGCAGCACCGAUGCAGAAAUUAAAUGCAGAAAGCGGCUCGGGCUCGUCUGCUCUCUGUCACCCGCACGUGGAAGAUUUUUGCUGACAUCGACGUCCGCUCUCCUCUCCUCUCCACGUGUUUAACCCCUCGUCGUGGAUCGUGGAGAGGCUGGUCCCUGCAUGACAUCAUUGAUCUUUUCUUUUUCUUUUUUUUUUUUAGGU